AUGGGUACCCCUACGGACGCAGAAGCCAACGGAUCCGACGUGAUCUCUGCCCUUCGGCUCUCUCAACGGGCCCCGGAAAUUCUUGGUCAUGGUCCAGCAUCCAACGCGUACGCCGCUUCAUCCACGUCGGCUCCGGAUACAGCCGAGGAGUAUGGGCGGAUUGAACAACUUCUCCUCGCCUGCCUGCGCACUGGAGAUGACCAGUCAGCACAGGCAUGUCUCGAUCGGCUAAGCCACCGCUUUGGUCCCUCUAACGAAAGGGUCAUGGGGCUGCGCGGCUUGUAUCAAGAAGCGAUUGCUAAGGAUCAAUUGGCUCUGGAGAAAUGUUUGGUGGAAUAUGAAACAAUUCUUUCGGAAAACCCCGUCAAUGUGCCCAUCAUGAAGCGCCGGGUCGCUCUGCUACGGUCCCUCCGGCGGCCCUUCGAUGCCAUCACCGCUCUCGUUCAGCUCCUUGAUGCUAUUCCCACCGAUGCAGAGGCCUGGGGGGAGCUGGCCGACCUAUAUCAGUCUCAGGGACUUGGUUCGCAGGCGAUCUUCAGCCUGGAGGAGGCCUUGUUGGUCGCCCCAAAUUCUUGGAAUAUCCACGCACGGCUUGGUGAAUUGCUUUACGUCUGCUCCUCGUCCUCCGAUGGCGAUGCGGCUCGACUUGCAGGCAAGUCGGUUCAACAUUUUUGCCGGAGUAUUGAGCUUUGCGAUGAUUAUUUGCGGGGAUUCUACGGUUUGAUUCUGGCCACUUCCCGCAUGCUCGAUCACAAGUAUGCUGCCGAGAGCCCUUCGGACCCUGCCGUGCCUUCCCGGAAAACAAUUCACCACCUCCAGAGUUUCGCACUAGGACGGCUCGAGAACAUUAUUCAGUCACGAUCGGUCGAUGACCAGCAUUGGGCAUCCAGUCGAAGCGAUCUUAUUGCGGCCAAGGAGCUGCUGAAUCGCUUCGCGCAGAGCAAAUAA